CCCACCCACCCACACACACACACAUCCACCCACCCAUCCAUCCACCCAUACACGCCCACACACUCGCUUUCGUCCACUUCCGCCUGCCAGGGGACGGCCACGCUUGGGCUUCUCGGCGACCAGCCGACCACUCACCAACGCUCCUUUUUCCCCACCACGCAGGACCCGUUGUGCAGGCCUACGAAAGAGAGAGCGAGACCUCGCAGAGACCCUGAGUCUGCUCUCGCCAUCCCUCCCUGCUGCUGCUACACUAUUGCUGCCGUCACUGCCGCCAUCGCCGCCCCUCGCCCAACUCCACCCCAAGCCAUCCUCACGCGCCGCCGCUUGUCCGCCGCGCGUGUCUGUGUGCCCAGCAGCAACAGAGCAACAGCAGCAGCAACAGCAUCUCCAUCUUCCAUCCCUCCCUUACCUUUUCUUGGUCAGACCUCCGCCAGCCGGUAG